AUGAACCUUUCUUUCCCCGACCUAGAUGUGGUGGGCAUCAAAGUCGAGCCCGAGAAAGUUGACAAUCUCCGCCACAAGGUUGCGAACCUGCUCGGCCAAAUCAAGAUCGGCUACCCUGGUGCGGCUCCCCUUAGCUUCUCAUCGCAACAUCUGGCGGAACUACAGCAAAAAGACUAUUAUGUCUGUGAGAAGACUGAUGGAAUUCGGUGUUUAAUGUACAUGGUGCGCGGGGGCACUAGCUCCGACGUAUCUGGGAUGCACUACUUGAUCGACCGCAAAAACGACUACCGCUAUGUAUCUGGUUUGCAUUUUCCUAAGCCAGGAGAUGAAACUUUCCUGUCGAUCCAUGACGAUACCAUAAUAGACGGUGAACUUGUCAUCGAUACCUAUGAGGACGGCUCGCAACAGCUGAAGUACCUAGUAUUCGAUAUACUAGUGCUCGGCGGACAUAGAGUACUUCACGAUCCAUUCGACAAGCGCUUAGCAUAUCUCAAGGCGGAGGUACUUGGACCCUAUGAGAAUAUGCACCGAAAGUUUCCUGAGAAAGGCCGACCAUUUAUUGUCGAAGAGAAGUCGAUGCAUCCCAGCUAUAACAUCGAAAUGAUGUUCCGUGAUAUUAUCCCAAAGGUUAAGCGUAUUCGUGGGAAUGACGGGCUUAUCUUCACCUGCUGUAGCACGCCCUACUAUAUUGGUCUAGACGAGCAUAUCCUCAAAUGGAAACCUGCUUCGGACAACACAGUGGACUUCCGCAUGCACCUACAAUUUCCUGAUGCUAAGCCGGAUUCCGAAGGCAAGAUCAACAGCGUUACAGAGCCAGAUUACGGCCCCAUACCUGUCUGCCAAUUGUCUGUCAUGCUGUCCCCACAGGAGUAUCUCCCCUUUGGUGAGAUGUACCUUACCCGGAAAGAAUGGGAUGACCUAAGAGCGAUGGGUACUCCGUUGGAUGGUAUCAUUGUCGAAUGCUAUAAAGACAACCAAUCUCGCUGGCGUUUCUACCGUCUUCGCAAUGACAAGAAAGAUGCAAACCCUAUCACUGUUGUCGAGAAAACUCUCGAGAGUAUAGCCGACUGCGUUACCGAAGAGGACCUAAUCCGCGCCGCCCCAGCUAUCAAGACAGCAUGGGAGGCGCGACAGCGCUAG